AUGCUUGAACAAUUGCAAUUGAUCAACCAACCAUGUUUAAUUUCUACUUUUAUUGGAUGUCUUGAUGAUGAUGCAACCAUAGAAAAAUUAAAAUUAUUUGAAGGGUUCCCUUUGGAAAUACUGAAGAUUCCAACGUUUGAUUACGCUUCUUUUCUACAUGAGCUUCACUUUUCAUCUUUACAUGACGCAGUUACAUUUUGGUGUGAAGGAAAAAGUUUGGAUCGUUUCCAAAAUGAAGGAAGAGAUAUUAUUCUUUACCCGGUAAAAACUAUUCUGGUGAUGCUUAUUGAGCAAUUCAUGGAAAAGUCAACAAACCUAUCAAAACUCUCUAUUCCAGUAAUAACGCACCGAGAUGGAGAAUUUUUGUCUUUGAAGAAACAUGAAACGAUGGCUCGAAAACGUUUGCCAAAGAUAAGAUACUUAGACUGUGAUGAUUGCAUGAUAGACAAUCUGAGAAUCGCUUACGAAACAUGUACCAAUUUGAGUCGAUUAGACAUUGAUUGCUCUUGGGGAAAUGAUGAACAUGUAUCAAAGCUUUUAGAAGUUCAAAAUCGUUUACAACAUUUAACAGUUAUAAAAAGAUGUCCAUAUUUGAAAAAUGCAAUAAAUGAUGGAGAUUUGAGGAGAUCUCUAAGGUGUGUUGUGUUCAAGGAUAAUAGAAACUAUACAGAUAAUGGAGGUCCUUUAAAUGUACUUGCACCAUGUAAAAGAUUGGAAAUACUGAGAUUUGAUAAUUGGUUACCAUUUCGAGAGGACGAUAUGAAAGAAUUGGUAUCUAAUUCAUUUCCAAGACUUCGAAAAUUAAGCUUCACCCGUUGUGAACCAAAGGCCGAAAUUAUUAUAAACAUGAUUUUGACGAAUGGGUUUAGCUUGCAAGAGCUUACAUUUUCAUUGCCUUGGUACGAUAAGCAAUCUAACGUCAUCAAGACGAUAGCAGAAAAUUGUCCAAACCUAACAUAUCUUGAUGUUCCCUUUGCAAAAACCGAUCUGGAACCUUUCUGUGAAUUGUUGAAAUCUUGUAAAAAGCUUGAGAGUUUGACGAUUAAAACGUUAUUUAAUCGUGGGGAACUUCCUUAUGAUGUUGAUAAUUUCUUACCUAUAAUUGGUGCUGCUAUUCCUAAAUCCUUGUGUCAAUUUAAUAUCUUUGCACAUUGGACAUUUACUGUAGAAUCACUACGAAAUUUUUUAAUGAAAGAUUGUAAAAAUGAUUUGAGAUGUUUGGGCUUCUUAGGGAAUAUUACUGAUGAUCAUCUUGAAGUAAUUGAAACAUAUGCCUAUGAAAGAAAAUCAUUACAUUAUUUAGAAUUGCGUUCGUGCGAUACAAGUUUUAAAGCAAGAAAAAGUAUUAGAAAAUUUAUAUAUGUUAAUGCUUAUGAUUCAUUUGGAAAAAAAAUAGCAUAA